AUGUCCGCGCGACCUGGGUUCUACCGACAAGAGCUAAACAAGACUGUGUGGGAGGUUCCCGAACGAUACCAAAACCUUACUCCGGUUGGCUCGGGGGCGUAUGGUUCUGUAUGCUCUGCGUAUGACGUGCGUCUACGACAGAAGGUGGCGGUGAAGAAGUUGUCACGACCCUUCCAGUCUCUCAUCCACAGCCGUCGCACCUACAGAGAACUCCGCCUUCUCAAACACAUGAAGCAUGAGAAUGUGAUUGGGCUGUUAGAUGUUUUCUCUCCAGCAACAUCGCUGGAAGACUUCAAUGAAGUCUACUUAGUAACCAAUUUGAUGGGAGCUGACCUGAACAACAUUGUCAAGUUUCAGCGUCUGUCAGAUGAACACAUACAGUUCCUCAUUUACCAGCUACUCCGGGGCCUCAAGUACAUCCAUUCAGCAGGACUGAUUCACAGAGACCUGAAGCCGAGUAACGUGGCUGUGAAUGAAGACUGUGAGCUGAGGAUUUUGGAUUUUGGAUUGGCCAGACAGACAGAUGAUGAGAUGACAGGGUAUGUGGCAACUCGCUGGUACCGAGCGCCAGAAAUCAUGCUCAACUGGAUGCACUACAAUCAGACAGUGGAUAUUUGGUCUGUGGGAUGCAUUAUGGGUGAACUCUUAAAGGGGAAAGUCCUGUUUCCAGGCAACGACUAUAUCGAUCAGCUGAAGAGGAUAAUGGAAGUGGUGGGAACACCCACUCCUGAGCUUCUGAAGAAGAUUUCAUCUGAGCAUGCACAGAAGUAUAUCCAGUCACUUCCCUACAUGCCACAGCAGGAUCUGGAGAAAAUCUUCAGAGGAGCCAAUCCGCUCGCGGUGGACCUGCUGAAGAAGAUGCUGGUUUUAGACUGUGAUGGACGGAUUUCAGCCAGCGAGGCCCUCUCUCACCCAUAUUUCUCUCAGUACCAUGAUCCAGAUGACGAGCCAGAGGCCCCACCCUACGACCAGACUCCUGAAAGCAAGGACCGCACUCUGGAAGAGUGGAAGGAAUUGGUGUUUGAGGAGGUCAGUAGCUUCAAAGCACCUGUCAGCAAGACAGACAGCCUCCAGGUAGAACAGUGA